AUGUCAAUUGUAGGACCAAGGACUAGCUUGAACUUCUUCAAUUUUGGAAGAUCCGCUGCUCAAACAGGAAUAUCGGCAUUACUGAGACCACAAUCUAGGUUCGCGUUUACAACGCUUAAACCACAAACUGUCAAAUGGAUCACCCAUGGAAAGCCUCAUUCAAUAGCUCUUGCACCAAUCCAGCGCUCUUCUUUCCCUUUUGCUGGUCGAAACAGCUUGCAGAGCAAUAAAGGCUUCAACGUACAUUUGAACAUGUCAAGCAGAAACUUUCAUUAUAGCACCCCCAAGGGCAUCAUCAAUCCGCGAAACUUUGGCGAAAAACAGCCUCGAUUGCAAAUAUACAAAAUUUCUCCCAUAUUUAUCUUUUUAAGUGGACUCGGUUUUUUUGUCCUUUUAUUUGCGCUUUUGCCCUUUAUAUUCACUACCUUCUUUCCAAUCAUCAUCCUUGCAAUUGUUGUUUAUCAAUUCAAUAGAUGGAGAAGAAAUGCAUUUAACAAACAGUUGCUGAGGGCCCUUAGAAGUAGUAGUUUGCACACAAAAAUGGGCACUAUAAAUUCUUUGCGUGUCGGUAAAAUAGAAGAAAGGCUGAAAAUGAAUAGUGGCAACCAUGAUUUAUUGCAAACCAUCCUUAAUAACUCACUUUCGGACGCCUCCUCCUUUUCGAAUAGCUUCAAUAGCUUACAAGAGGUGAAGAGACUUCAACAAUUUGUCAAAAAUCGAGUUUUGGAAGCAAUUGAGACUGAUGAGAAUGGAAUUCGAAAUUUCUUUCUGGGUAACGAUGUCAAGACGUGGCUCGACCAGAAUUACGACAUAUUAAUUGCAACGGACGAAUAUGCCUCCUUUUCGAGAGGCCACCACGGCAGCAUUAUCAGUCAAAUCAAAUUUCCCUUAUACUUAAAAUCAUCAAAGAAUCCAAAGAAACACCUGGCGGACGUAAUUGUAGCAUCUUUGGCAGUGCGUAAGAACAAUGCAGAGCAAUCCAACUACUUUAUGUUUCUUGGGGAUAUGCCUGCUCCCGACACAGAUUGUCCGAUGGUAAUUGCGGUGCAAUCUGUGGGUCUCCUAGCUUCGAGGCAAUUCCUCAUCACCACUCCCGGAAAAUCCGGUGAGUGGCAAUCAAAAUACGACAUUUCCACUACCACAGAUGGAUUUAAUGAGUAUACAGUGCGCAACAAAGGUUCAAUUUGA